AUGUCUAGUAUGGAUUCAUUAAGGGCUCAACGCAUGCAGCAGUUCCAACAGGAAGGUGGAAGACCUGGUGAUGAUAAGGCUGAACAAGCUCGCCAGGCCGCUGAACAGCAGGAGAUGGCAAAAAACAGCAUCCUUUCACAAGUCUUGGACCAAAGCGCAAUGGCUCGUUUGAGUAACCUUGCUGCUGCGAAACCAGAAAAAGCCAAGAUGGUGGAGAAUACCAUUAUUCAAAUGGCACGACUUGGCCAAAUUGCUGGCAAACUGACAGAUGAAGGACUUAAACAAAUUUUAGAUCGCAUGGCGGGUCAAACACAAAGAACGACGACGGUGAAGGUUGCAUUUUGUACUGAUGCUUUUAAAAUUGUUAAUUUCAUGAAGCCUUGUGUCUUCAUGCAGUUAUGA